AUGCUGCGGCAGGUGGCAGAGGCUGGCCUGCCGGCGCGCCGCCGUGACUACGAGGCUGCCUGGGCCGCCCUGGAGGCCAGGGCCCGCGCGGCCGGCGGCGCGGCAAUCCGCUACUCCGACAUACCCUGGCCCACACGCGCGCUGGCCGCCGCAAAAGGUGGCUCUGCGGCGGUCGCGGCUGCGGCAACAGCUGGCGGGGGCGAGCUGCGGGACCUGGUGCUGUUUGGAGUCAAGGGCCCCUCUGACCUGAAGAAGCGCCUGCGGACAGAGCUGAUGCGGUGGCACCCCGACAAGUUUGGGGCGCGCCUGCUGCCGCGCCUGGCGUCGAGCGACAAGGAGGCGGCGCUGGCGGGGGUGAGGGCAGUGGCACAGCAGCUGACGGCGCUCAUGGGGGGUUAG